AAGAAAAAAUCACCUCAGCUCUGCCCCUACAUCAGCUCUGCGCGAAACCCUAAAAGCAAUGCCUCCGAAAGCAGCUAAAUCCAAGGAAGCUCCAGCCGAGAGGCCAAUCCUUGGCAGAUUCUCUUCUCACCUCAAGAUCGGAAUCGUGGGAUUGCCUAAUGUGGGGAAAUCUACUCUUUUCAACACGCUUAGUAAGCUAUCAAUUCCUGCUGAGAACUUCCCCUUUUGUAUAAUCGAGCCCAAUGAGGCCCGAGUUAAUGUCCCUGACGAGCGAUUUGAAUGGAUUUGCCAAUUGUUCAAGCCCAAAAGUGAGGUUCCAGCUUUCUUAGAAAUUCAUGAUAUUGCUGGAUUGGUUAGAGGUGCCCAUGAAGGUCAAGGAUUGGGCAACAACUUCUUGUCGCACAUACGUGCUGUUGAUGGCAUUUUUCAUGUUUUACGUGCAUUUGAAGAUUCAGACAUAAUCCACGUUGACGACUCUGUGGACCCUGUUAGGGAUUUAGGGACUAUGAGUGUUGAGUUACGGUUAAAGGAUGUUGAGUUUAUGGAAAGGAAGAUAGAGGAUCUUGAGAAGAGCAUGAAGAGGAGUAAUGACAAGCAAUUGAAAAUAAAAGAAUUGUGUCAAAGGAUAGGGUUUUGA